CAGUAUUUUUAAGUGGUUGGGAAUCACUGUUCUUUUUCAUCGUAAUCAUUUCUUUCUUUUGGUAUCACCACUAACCGUCCUAAACUCACUUUGUGAUAGCACCUUUAGCAGAAAUCAGGACGUAAGCGGAAUGAGCAUUUCCCUCCAUUGAGCGCAGCUGCACAGUUCAUCUUUAGCAAGACCCCUCCCUAAUGGUUACACUGGAAGACCGGUUCAAGUUUUCACUUUCCAGCCGCCGCCUGGCCCAAAGGCCAGCUUCUAAGAGGGCCAAGUCUCUAACGAAUCUAGCCUCCUGCUGAGAUCUGGGCUCGAUGCAAAGCUCAAGAAAAGACGACGUCAGCUGAGUUGGGUGAAAGGGCCCGGUAUGAACUACUCAGGCUCCGCUCGGUGCUGCGGACGCGAAGCGGUGGGGAGAAGGUCUUCGAAGAAAGGUUUCUGAAACAGAUCGUCAAGAGAAGUGAAUUGGAAAACCAAGACUGGCAGACUCUUUUUCUUCACACAGUAGGCAGGAGCAGACAGUCCAGGGAUUCUCGGAACACCUAUCUUCCCUUUGGAGGACACUGAGUUCUAAGACAAAGGCAGGUCAAUAUGGCAGCAAGACUGAAGGGACACAAAAGAGUCAUGGUGAUUUGGUGACAGUUCUUCGAAUGACAGUGUCUUAAAGAAAGGUGGAUCAAGGAACUCCUGAACUUGUGGGUUGCAUUGAGUGAGAAAUCAGCAUGGCUCAGGCAAGUCUCCUGGCUUGUGAAGGCCUAGCAGGUGUGAGUUUGGUUCCUACUGCAGCCAGCAAGAAGAUGAUGCUGAGCCAGAUUGCCAGCAAGCAGGCCGAGAAUGGCGAGAGGGCAGGUAGCCCUGAUGUGCUGAGGUGCUCGAGUCAGGGCCACCGAAAAGACAGCGAUAAGUCUCGGAGCCGCAAAGAUGAUGACAGCUUGGCUGAGGCCUCUCACUCAAAAAAGACUGUUAAAAAGGUGGUGGUAGUGGAACAAAACGGUUCUUUUCAAGUAAAGAUACCCAAAAAUUUUAUUUGUGAACACUGCUUUGGAGCCUUUAGGAGCAGUUACCACCUCAAGAGGCACAUCCUUAUUCACACUGGUGAGAAGCCAUUUGAGUGUGAUAUAUGUGAUAUGCGCUUCAUUCAGAAGUACCACCUGGAACGCCACAAGCGUGUACAUAGUGGCGAAAAGCCUUACCAAUGUGAACGAUGUCAUCAGUGUUUUUCUCGGACAGAUCGAUUACUCAGACACAAACGGAUGUGCCAAGGGUGCCAGUCCAAGACUUCCGACGGGCAGUUUUCUCUAUAAAUGCAAGGGGCCCCGGGUGGUGGGAGUGAUCAGAAGAACCUGCAGAAGAGCGCACACCCUCUGGUCUGAUGGUCCCACCACCACCCCGUCUGAACCUGUCCCCCUCCUGGAGGGGUGGACCCAGGAGACCAGAAGAGUGCAUCAGGGGACCGUGGCCCCAGAGCCUCAGCUCUGUAAAUAAUCUGAGACUAUGAGUAUCUCGGGGAAGUUCCUGCAGCAUUCCUGGGUAGGGGAACUAGUCCCUGGACCCUUGACUGAGGUCAGGUGGGGACUCGAGGUAUAGGACCAAGACUGAAGUGUGGCUCCCACAUCCUUGGACUCCAGCUGGCAGCUGAAAUGGAAAAGAUGGGGGACGGGGAUUUGUUUGUUCUGUUCUUGUUUUUGUUUACUGAAAAGCAAUUUCAGCAGAUAAACUGUGGAUACAGGUAAUCAUGGAGUCCUGGUCCUAAGCAGGGACUGUGGCUGGUCCAACUCCCCUCUAAAAUGGGUUUUUAGUGCAGUCGACCCCCCAGGGUUCCUCAGCCCGGCAGCUGACCUCUGUUGGGGGGAGAGUAGGAUCAGAGAUGGCAGCCGAGCUUAAGUUAGCCGCCUUAUACGCUAGAGACAAAGGGAAAAACAGUGGAGGAGCAGACAGGAUCUGUGAGGGCGAGGCUGCCUCUUACUUCCUCCAGGGGAGAGUAAGAGUUGUGCCUGUGGCUGUCAUAAAGGCCCACGCCACACUGGUACCUGACGGGGUCAGCUGAGGUGCCUUUUGGAGGACCCUUGGAUGAGAGUGGCCUGUGAAGCCCUUUCUUCUCUCUGGGCAGUUGGUCU